AUGGGCCUUGACCGGGAAUCGUCAUCUCCUCCACCCGUUACCAAUCUGUCGGGUCAGACUUCUCCUCGGAACCUCGAAAUGAGCCAAUCGCCAAAGAGCCCUGUCGACAACCAGAACCAAGAUCGGCAGGAAGAGGAUCAUGCGCCGCUACAAGUCGAUGAGGAGGAAUUGCCUGGUGAUGACGCAGACUCUACGUAUGGGUCCGACAGAGAUUCAUCCUACACCGCAUCCGUAACCUCAUCCAUCUUCGACUACCAGUACGAAAAUGGUCGUCGCUACCACGCCUACAGAGAAGGACAAUAUGUUCUUCCCAAUGAUGACCAGGAACAACAGCGUUUAGAUCUUCAGCAUCAUAUCUGGCGAUUACUUCUAGGCGGAGCACUCCACGCAGCACCUUUACCGCCAUCAGAUCAGCAAAAUGACUACCGCAUCCUGGACCUAGGCUGCGGCACUGGAAUUUGGGCUAUCGAAAUGGCUGAUGAAUAUCCAAAUGCAACCGUAUCCGGCGUCGAUCUUUCCCCCAUCCAACCUGACUGGGUGCCAGGCAAUUGCCUGUUUCACGUCGACGAUUAUGAAGAUGAGUGGACGUAUCGCGAUCAUGAAAAGUUCGACUACAUCCAUGGUCGAGCAUUAUGCGGUACAUCAGCGAAUUGGCCUCUCUUUUACAGCAGAGUUCUUGAGAAUCUGAAGCCGGGUGGGUAUGUUGAGAUGCAGGAGUACGAUGCCUGGAUAUUCAGCGAUGACGAUAGUUGUGAUCGGGCGCCUUGGACGAUGGAGUGGGUUGCCAAGCUUGAUGAUGCGAGCAAGAUGUUUGGAAAGCAGAUUAAUAUUGCGAAGUAUCAUAAGCAGUGGAUGAUUGAUGCUGGGUUUGAAGAUGUUCAGGAGCGAAUCCAUCGAAUACCGAUCGGACCCUGGGCAAAGGAUGAGAAGCUGAAAGAAUUAGGAAAGUUCGAACUCACACACAUGCAAAUGUCUGUCGAGUCACAUACACCGGCUCUUUUCACGCGAGUGUGGAAUUAUUCGCAGGACCAGGUCAUGGUGUUGAUGGAAGGUGUGAAGAGAGAAUUUCGACUUCGAGAUUUGAGAUUGAUCACCAGCUAUCGCUUCAUCACGGGGCGGAAGCCGGCUACAGCUUAA